GAAUUUCCCUGCUACUGGAUAUGGGCAGUGAAUAGGACUGUGAACACUAUAUAAGCCCACAUUUACCACUGUGCACAAAGAAGAGAGCUGCCCGCCCCUGCCAUAGAGAGUCCUGAGACCAUGAAGAUGAGAGUUGUUGUGUUGCUGGCUGUGAUCGCUAUGUUCUGUGCUGCCGACGCUCAGAAAUGUCCUCUGGAUGAUUUGAUGAGCAGCCUGACCAAAUCUGCGGCCUCUGCAGUGAUGGAGAAAAUGACUCUGUCCUGCAUUGAUGUCUCAGCGAGAGGGAGCCUGGUGAAUUGUCCUGGAGGUUACAAGCCGACAGGCUGCUCCUGCGGCAAUGCCUGUGGCUCCUGGGAUAUCCGCAAUGACCAGACCUGCCACUGCCAGUGUGCAAACCAGGACUGGACCGCUGCACGCUGCUGCAAGAUAGCCAUGAACUAGAAGCCAGGAAACGACGGCAUCAAGGUCUGGAUCUUGAAGCAUUCUGAAACACAAAUGUGGUUUAAAGAUUGGUGUGAGGGCUUUCAGUUUUUAAGCUCCUUCACUUUCUUGGAACUCACUUCCAGCUUUUAUCCAGAAUGCUGAGUAUUUUUAAAUCAAAGCUCAAAACAUGUCUCAUUGAUUUGGCCUUUCGCUAGUGAAUAGUUUGGAGUUCUUUUGGCUUGCUGUGUAUUUCUGUAAAUCGACCUUGGGAUGCUUUCAAAUAACGGACACUGUAUAAGUGAUACUGGAAUAAAAAGGGUCUACAAAAUAAAUACUUUUCUUACUCA